AUAAAAGUUUUGACAAAAGAAGGAGAGGGAAAAAAAUUUGGCAAAGGAGAGGGAAAAAAAAUUUGACAAAGGAGAGGGAAAAUAUUAGGUUAAAAAUUUUAAGUCCACACAACCUGCACAUUGAGCCGCUAACUCAACUCCCAAUUUCUCCGCGAGGUGAACGGAACGAAGGUCAAUGCUGCGCCAUUACUGUUCAUCUACGAACUCAAUCGUAGAUUCUUGUUGUCUGAAGCAAAAUUGAAGAACAUCCUUCUAGGAUUCUGAGCGAAAUGGCUUCCUAAUCCAAGUGGCUAUUUUUGCGGUGCAUUUGGGCUUGAAAUGGAGCUGAAAUGGCAGUGUUGGGGCUACUGUUUUGGCUGACUUUGUAAUGGAAGUUUGACUUUGGCAUUGGGCAUCGUGUGGGGUGGUUUUCAUUGCUGUUUUUUUGGAGCUGAUUAUGGUAACACUAACAUUUGGCUUUACCUUAAAUUUUGUGGAUAGUCAUCCGUUAUUUUCACAAUGAUGUGCUUUAAAUCUAUUGGCAUCUCAUAUUAUUUGGCAAAUCUGCAGCUGAAUACAAGUAUAAGAUGGUAAGGACAAGAGCUCUUCUGAGAAAAUUGUGAGCUUAUAGAUUUCUUAGUUUUUAAGACUAGGCCUGCUUUUUCUCAUUAAGGUCCCUCAAGAAUUGGUUCCUCAACAUCCAACUAAUGGAAAUCCUUCAACAUUGUUUCUGGCUUUACGGGACUUGAUUUGUGGCAUUAAGAAAAAUAAGUUUUCUGCUGAUGAAUGAAGUGACAUAUCUAUCUUCUUGGAAAGUGCAUUAAUUCGUCUUGAAACAUGGUUCAAUUGGUUCAAUACCACACAGUCUGUUAAGGUUAUUUUUUACACAUAAACUUGCUUAUGACUUUUAAAAUCUCAAAAAGUAACUUUGUCAUUUUCAUAUGUCAUCUUGUGCAUAAAUUAUCACUAGUGCCGCAAUUACUUGUAUUCAUCUAAACUGAUUUAUUUUUUAUUUAGAAAAAUUUGUAGCUUUGCUUGAUUUCUAAGCUGAAUUAUGAACUUCAAUUGUUAAAUAGAUGCAUAUGAACUACUUGUUAUGAACUCUUUCUUGUUAUCAACAAACAUUCAUUUUAAUUAUUUAAUGGUAUGCAGAUUGAGGACUAAAGUGGAUGCUUUACAAGAAAAUGUUGCUAGAGCAAGAGAUGUAUUCAGAAAUGUUAAUUGAGGCGAGUAGGCGACAAAUAACUAAAUUAGGCUUGUUGAAUGGACAAUUAGAGUGAUUUUUAUUAUGUAAAUAUUAAAUUAUUAGAUGUUUUUAGACUUGGAUUGUAUGUAUUUAGAUAUUAUUCAAUGUUUUACACGCCACCAAGGUAGAGAGAGAAACAUAGGAGGAAUUCUACACAAGAAUAUUACUGGGAAAGUUCAAGUGGCCUUAGUGCCUUGGUGAGUGUGGGUGAGUGUAGGGAGUAUAUUGUAUUUAGUUAUUCUGAAAAAUACAUCCGGGCAUAAAAUGUGAAAAGAUUUGUUUAUGAGUGUCUGGAAUUUAACCUUGUAAACAUGGAAGAGUUUUUUGUAUAUUGUCCUGAAAUAGUGGAAAUAUAAUGUUUCUCUCUCAUAUACUCUUCUUGUGUUUGUUCUCUUAUUUUCUGCAUGGAUUUCUCUCGCACCACCGCCUCCUUCCGGCGGCAUCAACAUCUUCUUCCCCUCCUCCUGUUUCUACUGCUUUCAAGAUUUGCAGAAGCCAGCAGACUCCUCGCCGCCGAGCAGCCGCAAAGCAGCAGAUAUGUGAAGCUCUUCGGGUCGCUUGGGAUGGAGUGCAAGUGCUCCGACGCCGCCGUUUCUGGCUCCGGCGGCGGCGGCGGUUCAUGUUCUACGCUUCGGUGCCUUCCCUGGAAAUUGCAUUAAUUACUGUAUUAGUUAGAGAAAUUUAUCUAAAUAGGACUAAAACAUAAUGAUUUUUUCAAUAUAGGACCAUAUGUUUUUAUUUCACAAUGUAGAACCUUUGGUCAUUAUAAGGUAGUCAUUAUUCAACUAAAUGUCCAUCAUUACUGGACAUUAUUUCUUCCACUAAGUCAUUAUUAAGUCCUAUUUAGAAAAUAAAAAAGUUUAAGUCCUACACUAGGAAACCUAAAAAUAGUCAUGUGUGAUCUUGUUUGAUUCGUCUUAACAUAUAGAUUAUUAAUAUAUAAUUUCUAUAAUUUUUUAAUAUACAAAUUACAAGAUAAAAUGGAUUAAAGAAGUGCAUUGGAUGGUGUGCCAAAAGGUAAGUGGACAAAGACAGUGGGACGGAGGGAGUAUUAAAUAAAUGUGUGAAAUGAGUACUACAUUAUUUCUGAAUGAUUAUCAUGCUACUUCAAAAUGAAUACUUAUGUCGAUG